AUGGUGAACCGGGGGAACAGGGGCUUGUCUGCUUUGUGCACGGGUUACUUGGAAGAGGGAAAUGCGCAGUGGAAGUCGACGGCCUCGGCAGUCGCCGAUAGCGUCAUCCUUUCUGCGCGCAUCUCCUUCCUCCGCACUCCGCGCCCCCGACGCCCAAUCUCUGGCGGACCUCCUGAUUCUCUUCUCAAAUUCACCCUUCUCCACCUUUCGGAAGUUAGCUCAGUCUGUCCCUGCGCAUGCCGCCGUUCGUCCCCCCGCAAGCGCUUCUCCGACGGGGACCCGCCCCCGGCCAAGCGCCAGGCCCAGGCCGCCCCGGCCCAACCUUACAUUGUCGAUGAUUCCGACUCCGAUUCCGACUCCCCUUUAAGUGACGUCCCAGAAGACGCAGUCCAGACUCCCCAAGGACUGGCUGCAGCUGAACCCGAGGCCGAGGACGAGGACGAGGAUGAGGAGGAUGAAGAUGACGACGACGAGAUCGAUUGGGAAGACGCGAUCGACACCAGAACCACCAGCGCGACCACACCGACUCUCGCGGCCCCCGAAUUCCAGGAUUUGGAAUUGACCCUGGACAAGAAUGAAGCGCAUGUGGCGGAUCUGCUGGACGGCAAGAAAGGUCCUAGCAAGAUCGAGCGCCAAAUUCGCAUCCAAGCCCACUGCAUGCACGUCCAGUGCCUCCUUUUCCACAACGCCAUUCGUAAUAUCUGGGCGAACGACAAGAAGGUACAUGAGAUCCUGCGGCAUAAGCUGCCGGAAGGAAUUCACAAGGAGGUAAAGAAAUGGCGGAUCGCGGCCGGCCUGGAGCUUCCAGAGCCCAAACCAGAGCCGCCGAAAAGCAAGAAGAAAGGCAAGAAGGCCCAGAGAAAUAAAGAUUGGAGUGCAGAGGCGGAGCGACUGGAGCCCGGUCAGCCGGAUAUGAGUCGUGGCGAUCCUCUGAUUCCCUUGCUCAAAGUGCUAGUGGCGUAUUGGAGGAAGCAAUUUCGUAUCACGGCGCCGGGGUUACGGAAGCAUGGCUAUCGCCCUGUGGUGGAAUUGGAGGCGGCCUUGACCGAAUCUCGAAAUGAAGAGCAUGAUCCUGAAACUCAUGGAGAACGAAUCGCCAAUGUCGAGGAAUUCCGAUCGUUAGCAGAGCGCAUGCAAGGCUCCCGAGAUGUCGGUGCACAGCUUUUUACGGCCUUGAUUAGAGCAUUGGGUAUCGAGGCCAGGCUGGUAGCUAGUCUACAGCCACUGGGCUUUGGCUGGACCAAAGCAGAGACAUACACAGCAGCAAAGACAGAAGCAAAUGCUAGGCGGGACGCUUCUGAGGCCGAUUCUCCCGAAUCAGAGACAACUUCACCAGAAAGUGACCGGCCAUCUGCGAAGAAAGGCCGUUUUCAAUUUGACAGAGAUCUGCCAUUUCCCAUCUACUGGACUGAGGUUGCUUCUCCAGUGACCCAUGAUGUCAUUCCAGUCGACCCUCUCGUCCUCUCUAAUCCUGUGGCUACAACACCAGAGCUACAGGCUGCGUUUGAACCACGAGGCGUUAAAGCCGAACGUGCCAAGCAGGUAAUAUGCUAUGUGAUUGCCCAUUCCGCCGAUGGCACUGGCAAAGAUGUGACCACCCGUUAUCUGCGACGACGGACAUGGCCCGGAAAAACCAAGGGAUUCCGGAUGCCGGUAGAGAAGAUUUCCUUACCCGGUCGUCGCGGUAAAUCUUUCGAGUAUGAUUGGUUUGGGAUGGUUAUGCGGGGUUAUGAGAGGCAACUCAGCAAAAGAACCAAAGUGGAUGAAAUUGAAGAUACUAAAGAUCUCCAACGGAAACAACACGAGAGAAAGAAACCAGCCCAGGCCAAUGACACGCUCCAAAGCCUUCGCACAUCGACUGAAUUCGUUCUGCAACGAUUCCUACGCCGCGAAGAGGCGUUGAAACCAGAUGCCGAAGCCGUGCGCACCUUCAUCGCAGGAAAAGGUGCGAAGGCCAAAGAAGAGCUAGUCUAUCGUCGCGCUGACGUCGUGAAAUGCAUGUCCGCCGAGAGCUGGCACAAAGAAGGACGACAGGUCCAAGCUGGUGCAGUGCCCUUGAAACGAGUUCCCAUUCGAGCUGUGACUCUUCUCCGCAAGCGCGAAGUUGACGAAAUGCACCGCGAGACGGGUGAGAAACCCAUGCAAGGCCUCUACGCCCGCAAUCAGACCGAAUUUAUCAUCCCACCACCAAUUCAGGAUGGUAUCAUUCCCAAAAAUGACUAUGGAAAUAUAGACUGCUUCGUUCCAAGCAUGGUCCCCCAAGGCGCCACACACGUCCCCUUGCCGGGCACUGUUCGGAUCUGCAAAAAACUUGGGAUUGACUACGCCGAAGCUGUCACCGGAUUUGAAUUUGGCUCAAAGAUGGCCGUUCCAGUUAUCCAGGGUGUGGUCGUGGCGUCUGAAAAUGAAGAUUUACUGCGCGAUGCAUGGCGCGCGGAUGCAAUAGAGAAGCAGAAGCGCGAGCAGCUCAAGGCUGAAAAACGGAUAUUACAGACCUGGCGCAAAUUUCUAUUUGGUCUGCGCAUUGCAGAGCGUGUGCGAGAAGAAUAUGGAGGCGGGGAUCUAGCCGAAGACCGUGAACGGGACUCUCAUAAUCCUUUUGCUCUCCGUAGAAAGGGUCAUCAUCCGCCCCAGGAGCAGCAUGUGCAUACUGAAGACGAUCACCUUCACGAGCCCUACCAUAGCGUGCUUGACCACGGCGGCGGCUUCUUAGUGCCUGGAGAAGGGGAUGCAGAGGCAGAAGAUGACCUGAUUGUGGAGCAACAUGAUGAUCGACAACGCCCUGGCCCCUCAUCUUUCGCCAGUCCCCACAAUCACGACGACGGCCAGCGUAUAGCUGAAGAUUCACCGUCGCGGCCUGUUUCAAUAUCAUCAGACUCUGAUGAGGAAGAUGAUGGAAAUGACUCUGGAUCAGAGUAUGCUCCGAAUUAA